UAGUAUGGCAUUGACUUUGAGAGUGGAGUAAACAAUACGUAAAAUAUUCGGUGCUCAGGAUGUCGGUGAAUUCUCUGGUUUCCUGUGCAAAGUGCCUUCUAGAAUGGGUCGUUCGCGGGUAUUUGUGGACUUUGGCCGUUUGCCUGGCAAUAUUUAUUGUUCUUGUUAUUGCGGCCAAUCUCGGUGAUCGAAGGAGCAAAUUCAGAUUCCUCGCCAAAUUCGCCAUGAUUUACUUCGCCACAAUCAUGGGAACCACUCUGUUGAUUCCCGUCUUCCUCUUGCGCCCAAGAAAUGUCGUGAAUUGCAAAAUCGUCGGGUGGUUCAUAAGAAAGUGCUCAUUUCUGCUGGAAGUGACUUGGGAAGUGCGUGGAGCUCGCCGACUGCAAGAUAAUGUGGGCGGUCUCAUUUGUGCUAAUCACCAGUCAUCAAUUGAUAUUCUAGCGAUGUUCAACCUCUGGGAACUGAUGGAUCGAGUGACUGGAAUAGCCAAGAAGGAAAUGUUCUAUGUUUUUCCAUUCGGACCGGCCGCUUGGUUGGCUGGAUUGCCGUACAUUGAUCGCCAAUCGCCGAAAGCAGGCUAUCAAACUCUCGGGAAGUGCGCCAGGCUCAUGAAAGAAGAUGAUAUCAAAAUGUUCAUCUAUCCGGAGGGAACUAGGAAUAGCAAGCGAGGACUUUUGCCCUUCAAAAGGGGAGCCUUCAAGACCGCAAUCACUGCCAAAGUGCCCAUAACGCCUCUCGUCGUGUCGCCCUAUUAUUUCAUCGACACCAAGAAGUACAUCUUCGACAAAGGACACGUGAUAAUCUCCGUUCUCAAUCCAAUUGACACCACUGACCUCAAGGACUCGGACACAGACACGCUGAUGACCAAUUGCAGAAAUCUCAUGCUGGAGGAGUACGAAAAGCUCGCCAAGGAGAUUGACAAGAAAUCAGCCGAUCCCACUUGGAGGGACAGAAAUCGACCUAGAAUGGCUCUCAAGGAUGAGUGAGAUGAGACAAUAUACUCUCUCUCUGUGUGCUGUGCAAUUUUGCGCAUUACUGAAAUUGCGGUGUAAUUUAAGUAAAUUAUUUGCGUCGACUUUGCAUAA